ACAGACAGAGCGGUGAUGGAGGGGUCGCGGGACCGCUGAGCCCCGCUCGGACCGGGAGCCGCCAUGGAGACCGUGGAGCAGCUGGUCACCUUCACCCACAUCCAGGUGCAGCUGCGCGGGGGCGCGCCCUGGGGCUUCACGCUGCAGGGAGGGCUGGAGCACGGAGAGCCGCUCAUCAUCACCAGGAUCGAGGACGGAGGAAAAGCUGCCCACAGCAAGAAGCUGAAAGUCGGGGAUGAGCUCAUCAACAUAAAUGGAUCCCCCCUCUACGGCAGCCGGCAGGAAGCGCUCAUCCUCAUCAAGGGAUCGUACAGGCUCCUCAAGCUCAUCGUGAGGAGGCGCAGCGUCCCCGUCCUCCGGCCUCACUCCUGGCACCUGGAAAAGCUAUCGGGGCAGCCCCUCCCUCCCACGCCCCCUCCUCCAUCCCCCCCGCCACCCUGCCUCCCCCCUGCAGACUCCCCUCCACUCCCCCCUCCUCCUCCUCCUCCUCCUCCUCCCCCUCCGCCUCCAUCUGCCAUGCAGCUCCACCCCGGCCCUUACACACUACCGUGGCACACCACCGACAGUGAUUUGUCCAUGCAGUGGGCUCAGCUGCCCAUAUCGUACUCCUCCACUGAGCGAAGCAGCUCCCUGGGCUCCAUGGAGAGCCUGGACGCGCCGACGCCCACCGCCCAGCCGUACUCCGACUCCCACAGCUCGCCCGUCGACCCCAGCCUCUUCAACAACAAGCGAGACUCCGCCUACAGCUCCUUCUCCGCCAGCUCCAACACGUCCGACUACGCGGCCGUGCCGCUGAGGCCCGGCGAGGCCUGCUCCAUGGAUAACCUCCUGCACAGCCUCGGGCCGGGGUGUCGAGGAGGCUACCCCGGUGACGCCUCACAUCUAGAGAGGUCGGCCGGCGGCAGCGCGGAGGAGGCACACCUAAAGUCCAGAUCACUGACCAGGCCGAGGCCGAGACCAGUCGAGCUGAAGGAGAGGCCCUCGUCCUGCUGCUAUGAGCAGGAACAGAGAGGGCGAGACUUUCGGACUUUAAGAAAUGGAGAAACUGGAGGGGAUAGGAGGAUGAACCCCCCUCAGCCUCCAGUCAGGAAGGAUAGUUUCAGAGCCACCAGGAGUCGGCCUAAUACACCCAACAGACGAUGUACUUCUGCCCCGAUCGAAAACUCCAGCGUUCCUUAUGAGGAGCACAAAAGUCUGAAUAUGGAAUCGGGUCUUCACAACGGCUUUCCAGCUUCAAAGGAAGGAGACCAGACUGGGAACAUGAAAAUGGAUGCAGUUGACACACACUUUAGCCAAAGACAGACCGGAGAAUUUCAACAUAGCAGAUGUGAUGGUGGUGGUAAAAAAGACCUGGCAGCCUCCAAAGACCCCGUCACUUCCUCUGGUCGUACCUCUUUAUCCUCUGAAACCUCCGUAGUUCCAGAGCAGCCUCAUAUCCCCCAUUCCCAGAGCAAGCACUCGGCGGCGGUGUUGCACCGGCACAGCGCUCCCGAAAAGCUCCUCGCCACGCAGCUUCAGCUAUUGCAGUUCGAACGCAACGGCUCUUCUUCGGAGGCUUGCAACCCUUCAGACACUUCCGAACUCUCGUCGUCCCCCUGCAGCAGUCAGUGGUCUCACUCCUCAUCGCUGCACCCGGCUACAGAGGACCAGGAAACCUUCCGCGGCAACCCUCCCGCGUCCAACAAAUGGGGAGGCAGCCGGUGUUCGACCCCGGGAUCCGUGUUCCUGGAAGAGGACGGCGAGGAUGCAGAUUCAAGUGAAAGGCUGGAAGGGGCGGAUGUGAAUGGGACGUCCCUCUCGCCGGUCCACCAUCACGUGCCGUGGGGUCGCUCCGUCAGCGUUCCAGGUGAACCCACCACAUCCUCAUCCCAGGAAAGAUUGAGCUCCGGUCAGGUAGAAGAGAGCGACUUCCGGCCUCUGAGUGCCGCCGCCAGCAUGGAUACCUUACUCGAGGAGCAAAUGAUGGAGGAGAGAAGGAUAAGUGGAGGGAAAAAAGAGGAGAGCGAACAGGAGGAAUAUAUGAAAAAGUCAGAAUCGUCCAAGAACUAUCGACGGAAUCGCCGGCGUAGCGAGCGGUUCGCUACCAACCUGCGCAACGAAAUUCAGAGGAAGAAGGCUCAGCUUCAGCGGGGUCGUGGCCCGGGAGGCUUGCUCUGCAGCGGAGAAACCGUCCACGAGGAGGAGAGCUCAGACCUCUGCGAAGAAGGGACAGAUCCAGACCCGUCAGGCCAGAAAAAGGGUGCAAAAGUUGCAUUUGCUUCACCUCCAAUUUCUCCCGGUUCCCAGUCCUCGGCGCAAUUCAAGCCAUCAAACACUUCGAGUGAGUCAAACUGCGAGGUCCAGUUCACAAGCUAUGCUCAGAACAAUAUCCAGUCCGCGUCCGUUCAGAUUCUGGACCCAGGGUUACCUGAUUUUGGUGUCGGCAUACGAGUCGUUGAGGAACCGGCUCCGGCUGGCAAGGCCCGUCGCUGGCGUUGGACCCCUGAGCAUAAACUCCAGCCAGAACCAGAAGGAGACCGACGCGGCGGAGUUGUGGGGGAGAAGGUGUUAGGGGUCACGGGGUCACGUCACGGGGUUUGUGCUUUCACUUCCUCGUCCACUUCUCCCUCAUCGCCCAGCUACAGUCGCUCUUCUUCAAACUCCCGAUUGGACGAGCCGGUCAUCCCUCCGUUUGCAGACAGAAUGAAGUUUUUCGAGGAGACGUGUCGAGGCACGUCUGCGUCUAGCGUCUCCAACGUGCCGAGUUACAGGCAAAGGAAAGCCGCCCGCCCUCCGGAGCAGCACGCGGGGGAAAUCCAUCAGCAUCCAACCCAGAGGAGGUACUCCUACCAGGGUGCACUUCUGCAGGAGAGUGUCCGGCUUCCCAACGCCACCCAGGCGAGGACGCGGUCUGCGAGCACCGCCAGGGAGAGACAAAACGAGAGGGAGGAGAGCUCAAGGAUGAGGGAGAGGCAGCAUGAGAUGGAAAGACAAGAGAGGGAAGCAGAAGUGGAAGAUGCACGGCUGAGGAAGAUGCAGCAGGAGAGGGAACAAGAGGAGAGGGUGAGACAGUGGAAGAUGGAAAGAGAGAGGGAGCUUGAAAGAGAGAAGGAGAUGCAAAGAGCCAGAGAGACGGAGGAAAGAGAAAAGGAACUUGAGCGAGGGAGAGAAAAGGAAAGGGAGGACGACUGUCAGCUCACCUCGUAUCCGGAGUGCAACAGCAACUCUGACAACAGUGAAAGAAAUCAAGGCUUCCAACACCAGGGCGACUUCCGCAGCUUUGAGGCCGAGUCUCAGACGUACUCUCACAUUCAACCCUUCAACCAAGCGCCACGAUCGGCCUUUUAUCCAGUCAACCCGCCUUUCCAACCCCCAGCCAACCAGCAGCCUCUUCAUCGAGAACACCCAGGAAGGUGCUACACACCCACAGAGGCAUAUCCCGCCCGGCAGGAAACGGCCAAGCUCGACAGGAAGUUCAGCCUGACCGAGAGAGAUUACCGGAGCUGGAGACGGGAGUCCAGAGCCCCGCCGGGCCUGAAUCAGCACCAGUCCCACCAUCACCCGGCUCGCUGGGACUCAGGGCGGGCCGACAGCAGCGGUGACAGUCGUAACGGAUACGCCUUCGCUCCUGCGCCGGCUCCACUUUCCCUCCGAGGCCGAGCCAUGUCUGAGAACGACCUCCGCUUCGACAGCAGCCACCGCUGGUCCCCGUCGAUCUCCGCGGCGACCAGCCAGACGCUGAGCGAGAUAGACGAAGGACCACACCGGCGCUUCAUGGGAGGAAAUGCAGAAGGCACCGCCAGGCAAAACAGGAAGAAGAUGCCGCCUCCCCCGAGACCUCCGCCCCCGAAGUGGGAGCAGUUCCACCGCCGACGUGCGUCUCACCACACUCUGUUCUACUCCUCCUCCUCCUCCUCCACCUCUUCUGCGCCUCCCGUCUCUAUCAACACCACAGCCGGACACUAUCAGUCUCACUCCUCCUCCUACGUCCCGCCGCCGGAGACAUCCCGGCAGAGGUCCUACAGCCUCCCACCGGAGAGGCAGGAAGUGGCCGAGAGCUGUCCGAGAUGCACCUGCAACCAAACUCAAACCCAGGAGCGCACGGCGCCACACGCUCCAUCCAAUCAGAGUCCAGCUCAGUUUCAGGAGCGGAUCUACGCUGCUGCUUCCCCGAGUCCCGUGUUGUCCAGGAAAGCCUUCAGACCCGUGGCCCCGCCCCCAGUGGAGAGGGAGGUUGUGUCUCUUCCUCCUCCACCUCCACCGCCGCCAACAGAGGCCCCCUCAAGCAGCAUGCCGGUGGUGGAUGUGAGACAUGGUCCAAGUCAGGACAGAGUCACGGUGAAACCUCUCAGACUGCAGCCCGCUGUGAGACCAGGGGCCGAGUGGGAGCGGACCUCAUCUCCCAGUGUUCAAAGUGACGAGUCACUUCCUCCUGUCCCGGACAACGAGGGCGUCGUUCGGGUCUGUCCCUCGGAAACUUACUACAGCCAAGUCAAUAACCACCACCAGCAGCAGCAGCUAUGCAUGAGAAGAGUCCUGGAGGUGGAAGAGCAGCAGAAAAUCAUCCAGGAACCGGGAACCGAGUCGGAAACUACUCUCAGCCCGAGUCCAGCUCAGAGCCUGGAGGCCGACCUGGACGUCCCCAUGGAAACGGACAUCGAUGACUUCCAGGAGGAGGACCUCCCGACCGAGGACAUGCCCAUCACCAGUGAACUCCCGUGCUUCGCGCUGCCCGUCAGGGUCCUGGAGACGGACAUCGACACGCUGCCGGAUGCGGAGAGCUCGCCUUCUGGCGGGAUGCAGGCGGAGAGCAGCUCCCUGGAGGAGGAGCUGGAGGCCGGCGAGAGCAGCAGGGAGACGCUGAGUCUGGAGGAGCUGUUCCCCCAGACCAGCGAGGGGGAGUCCGGCACGGAGAGCUGGAGAGGACACUUCCAGACUGUGGAGCAGAACACCGACAGCUUGGAUAGGCGAUCCGGCGCGAGCUCCAGCUGCUCGUCCUAUUACAGCACGUCCGCAGCCAAGGCGCAGAUCCUGUCGCAGAUGAAGGACUUCACCGACGAGAGAGACGAGGACGACGAGCUCACCUACAAGAAGCAGCUGAUGGAGAGCCUCCGCAAGAAGCUGGGCGUGUUGAGGGAGGCUCAGAGGGGACUGCAGGAGGACAUCCGAGCCAACUCUCAGCUGGGAGACGAGGUGGAGAGCAUGGUGGUGUCGGUGUGUAAACCCAACGAGGUGGACAAGUUCCGCAUGUUCAUCGGUGAUCUGGACAAGGUGGUCAGCCUGCUGCUGUCGCUGUCCGGCAGGCUGCUGAGGGUGGAGACCACGCUGGAGACGAUGGACCCGGAGACGGAGCACCACGAGAGGCUCCCCCUGCUGGAGAAGAAGCGUCAGCUCAUGAGGCAGCUGUCGGAAGCUCAGGACCUGAAGGACCACAUCGACCGCAGAGAGCAGGCCGUCAGCAGGGUGCUGGCCCGCUGCCUCUCCCCGGAGCAGCACCGAGACUACAGCCACUUUGUGAAGAUGAAGGCUGCUUUGCUGGUGGAGCAGAAGCAGCUGGAGGACAAGAUCCGGCUGGGAGAGGAGCAGCUGAGGGGGCUGAGGGAGAGCCUGGGACUGGGCUUAGGGAUAGGCAUGGGAAUGUCGAUGGGAUACGGACAUUUUUGACAAAAGGAAGAAGAAAAAAACAGACAUGAAGGAAAAGCAGGGCUUGUUGUCAAAUGACAAAUGAGUCAAGUCUAAAAACUGGCAGAAAAGUUGAUUAUAAAAGAAGUAAGCAUGCAGUUAAGGACGUUGAAUUGCACAGUUUGCAGUCAUCUGUUGACUACUUCUAACAGUCAUUAAGCUUAGCUUAGCACGAAGUUGGUAAACAGGAGUGGCUCAAUCUAAGAGGAACAAACACCUUUUAUACUUUUAAUUGGGGUAAUUUCAUGACUGAAGCUUCAGAUGUAGCAUCCAAAAAAUGCCUAAGUGAUCCUUGAGAGAUUAGUGGACAUUUGUGCAAAGAUUCCAGAUCUGAAACAAGCAGCUCGGAUGUUUGAAGGAAGGAGCAGGAACCAGAAAUGGUUCAGAAAAGUGAAGCGUGGACCCCCAGCAGAGCUGGAUGAGAGUCAGCGCUUCCUCACAUACACGGAGCCGGGAUUCCUAAUAAAUCCAUCUUAUUCCCUUCAGAGGCCAUCUUACUGACUUCAAGUGCUCCACACUGUGCCUGAAACACGUACUGUACAACUAUACCGACAUCACACUUAACUCCAGUCUAAAAAUGGCGUCACUCUCUGUGCCAAAGACAUUUUUGUAUGAAUCCCUUUUUUUUUUUCUUCUCCUGUAUUUAAAUCUCCUGGUUCAGAGAAUCGAAGGAGGGUUUUUUUGGUGCUUCUGUUGCCUGCACUAAGCCAAUAGUGUGAAAUGCCACUUGCAAUGUUGUUAACUGUUGAACGUGUAAUUUCCACUAUCAUCACAUAACCUGUAUUAACUUCCAGAAUAUUAUUGCAUCACUCUGUAUCCUCAUUACUGUAAUACUUGUGACUGUACCUGUGUGGAGUUUGACACUCUACUGCCUCGAUGACCUUUAUGUACAGAAGAGAUUUGUGUUUAUAAUGUAAACGGUGUGUAUAUAGUGGUUUUGAUAUUUGAACUGACUGGAAUUUGUUGUAAAAGAUGAACCAGAAAGAUCUGAAAGAGUCCAAGUUUACUGUGUACGUUAACUGAAUAUUCCAGCGCGGCGUUUGUCUUCAGCUGACACCAACUCUUUAUGUUGUGCUCUUUUACUCUCGUGUGGAGACUUGGACGGUAAAAUCGGACUUUAUUUUAAUUUUUGUUGGCCUUGAGAUCCAAAACAGCAACAGAGAAGGACAUUUUACGCUGAAGUUGAAAACAGAACACAUGUCACAAAACAAAACGUUUCAGAAGUGUUUUAAAAGACGCAUAACAUAACAUCCACUUAGCAGCUUAACCUACAACUGAUAUGUGACAAAACGAAACAGAUGGGAAGUGGCCUGCUCUACUCGGCUGGCUGUGGUUUCCAGCCCUGCGCGUUUCAUUUUACUCAAAUAUUGUUACAUUAAUGUCAUCGAGGAGUUACCGACAUUUAAAUGUGGUUUUAACCACACAGUAGCUAGCAGUCUUUUUAACCCCAGACAUUUUUACAUGGCUGCCACUAAAAUUUGCUUUAAUUUGCUAUUUAUGACCAAAUUUCAUCAACAAUUAUAAAGUUCAAUUAAAAGAAGACAUUAACUAAAAUUGAUCUUAAAGUACUUUGUUCAAUUGUUUUUUUUUUUUAUUAAAAUUUAAAAAAAGAACAAAUAUUAACCCAAAGAAUGAUUUGACACUUACUUUGCGAGCACCCUUUACAGCAAAUUACAAAAUGCAGAUGUCUGGUCGACAGAGUUUACCCCAAAUUACAAAAUGGUUUCCGAGACUGUUCACUUAAGUUUGAUAUAAUGAGAAAUGUUCUAAAUGAAAGAGUGAAUGCUGCACAAAUACUAAUACUUUUUAUGUCUUGCUUUAAGAUGACUUCCCUCCAGUAAUUAGUAUUGGUUUCAAACUACUCUAUUUAGCAAUACUACAUGUGACCACACGGGGGCGGCAUAGUACAAGAAAGUUCAAGUGCCUCGCUGUAUACAUGUAUGCCCCCGUGUGGUCAGAGGUGGUAUUGCCACAAGGCGUGAAUUUUAAAGUGUUUCCUGCUCUAUUAUACACAAUGCCAACACUUCUUCAUGUAUGAUUUAGAUCUUAACUUGAAGUUGGAGUUUAGAUGAAGAAAAAACUUCUAUCCCCCAUCAUCACAUCCCUUCAUUAUACCUUAAACUACUGCCAUCUGUAAAUCUGACAUCUCACCAAAGUCUCCUGAGCUUUAUCUCAAACCGCAGACAAGACCGGUUUUAGGAGUUUAUUACUGCCUGUCUGAGUAAAUCAAGUUAAAACAACACAAACUGCAGCUCUGAGAUGGGGAGGGGUCUGCUGGAGAUGGGUUGGGAUAGAACAUCGUUGCGUUGUGGCUUUUACUGGUGAAUAGUUGAAGUGAAUGUGUUCUGGUUUCAAGAAACAUUACGUUUAUCCAGUUUUCUUCACUGCUUUGAAGUUCAUUCUUGCUGUGUUUGGUGCCAAGCAGCCUUAAACUUAAAACGUUCACUGUUUUUAUUCUGUGUAUAAUAAAUGUGUUCCUGUACUAUAACAGCCGUUCUUUAAGCUGACUGAAAAGAUACUGAAAUGAGGGGACAGAGGUCGCUUGUUGGACUGGUGAGAAAGUGCCAUUUUUCCGUUCAUGUUUUCCUUUGUAAUUUUGAUUUCUGUCAAAAUAUAUUUUGUAACUGCGAAAACACUUGUGUGAAGAAAAAGUACCAUAAAUAAUA